GUCCAAAAGUCAAAGUUGAGUUUGAGUGAGUUGCUUCAAAAAAUUAAAGUGUCAGGUUUAGUAUAACUUAUAACUUGAAUUAUUGUUUUUUAUUUGUUAAAGUUAAUACUAUAAGACAUCUAGGGUAAUAUUAUUUAGAACUACGCAAACUAUUCUCGCGAAAUGGAGUAUAUUUCACCAGAAGAUAUACCAGCUCCAAACAGCACUCGCAUAUUAUGCUGUCAGUGCGCGGCUCCUAUAGAACCAAAUCCAUCUAAUAUGUGUGUUGCAUGCUUACGUGCCCAUGUUGACAUCACAGAUGGCAUCCCCAAGCAGGCUACAUUAUUCUUUUGCAGAGGAUGCGAAAGAUAUCUCCAACCACCAGCAGAAUGGCUUGUCUGUGCUCUGGAAUCAAGAGAAUUACUAGCUUUAUGCUUGAAGAGAUUGAAGGGCUUAAACAGAGUGAAAUUGAUAGAUGCAGGCUUCGCUUGGACUGAGCCACACUCAAAGAGAAUAAAAGUCAAGUUAACAGUGCAAGGUGAAGUAAUGGGUGGUGCAGUGCUACAGCAAACAUUUAUAGUAGAGUUUGUCAUUCAACAUCAGAUGUGUGAUGCAUGUCAUCGUUCAGAAGCCCAAGAUUAUUGGCGUGCAUUAGUACAAGUGAGACAACGUGCUAAUAACAGGAAGACAUUUUACUAUCUUGAACAGUUGAUACUGAAACACAAAGCACAUGAAAACACUUUGGGUAUAAAACCUAAACAUGAUGGGUUGGAUUUCUUCUAUGCAACAGAAAACACGGCUCGCAAAAUGGUUGAUUUUGUACAAUCAGUGUUACCAAUUAAAUGUCAACAUUCUAAAAAAUUAAUAUCACAUGAUAUUCACAGUAACAUUUAUAAUUACAAGUUUACAUACAGCAUUGAAAUUGUCCCCGUCUCUAAAGACAGCGUUGUCUGUCUUCCUAAAAAAUUGACUCACCAAUUGGGAUCAAUAUCUCCUAUUUGUCUAGUUUCAAGGGUUACCAGUACCAUACAUUUAAUUGAUCCUAAUACUGGUCAAGUAUGUGACCUUUCAUCAACCGUGUAUUGGAGACAUCCGUUCACUCCGAUAUGUAAUCCUAAACAGUUAGUUGAAUAUACUGUUAUGGACAUAGACAUAUUAAAGGAACAUGAAAAGAAAACGUUCCCCGGACAAGGUGUUGUGUCAAACAAACAUGUGAUAGCAGAUGUAUGGGUGGUGAAAUCCAGUGAGCUUGGGCAUGAUGUUAGUCCUAUACACACAAAGACACAUCUGGGGCAUAUUUUAAAACCUGGAGACACAGUUUUGGGAUACAAUCUAUGCGAUACAAACGUGAACGAUGCGAACUUUGAUAAGCUGGACAAAGAUAGUAUACCGGAUGUGUUCCUUGUCAAGAAAUACUACGGAGAGAAGUCUGCGCGACGACGUGCACGCAAUUGGAAGCUCAAGCACAUGGCGGACGAUUUGCACGAAGGCCUCGGCUCUAGUAAUGAGGAUUACAACGAGUUCUUGGACGAUUUGGAAGAGGAUCCAGCGUUUAGACAGAACAUCAACAUUUUCAAAGACGAGAGUCGAGUGCCCAUAGACACGGAUGAGAUCGAUCCGUCACUCCCGCGCAUCACGCUCGCUGAGAUGUUGGACGAUAUGAAUAUAGAAGACGUUGACAUGACAGAAGUAUGAAUUGUGACUUCAUAGAAGAUCAUUUUAAAUACGAACGUUUAUUGU